UGUGUCCAUCUACACUGAUGCCAAAUGUCAGUAUGUCCCAUCCUAUAAUCCUACUCUCUCCAAAAUUUAAAUUCUUGAGCUUACACUUGUUCUUCCUCACUUCUCCCAUUUGCUUUUCUGUUUUCGGAAUUUCUGCUUAAAUUCUGGAGGAAGAGAAAUCAAUCCGCGUAUAAUUCAGCCUUGCUUAAAUCGCAUUCGCCUCCCAGUGUUCUUGAUUUCAGUUGUGAUCCUGUCUUGGAUACCCUGCACUCUUGAAAAAGGUUUCAGCCCUAGUUGUGAAUCUAUAAGAUUGGUGAGAAAAUGUUGGUUCUUAACAUGAAUUCUAAGAGGCAAAGGAGACCAAAUGUUAGAUUGUGGGAGGUUGGAGACCUACCUGCAGCUUUUACUUGCGGUGUUUCUCAGAGAAUUAAGCAAAGAAGGUGGAAAGAUGAUUCCAUAAGAAAUAAUGAGUUGGAGAAUAAUGGUAACUCUGGGUUUCCACAGCAGUUUCCCCACGAAUUUGGGUUCUUGGAAUUUGGCAUCCCUGCAGAGGUGCCAGCAGAUAACAGUGAAAACAAGAACCCAAAUUCUUUGAAAUUAGUUCCUGAAAUUUCUGGUCAGGAUGAAAUUAGUGGGAGUAAGGCUGAGCUUUGUUUUGGUAGCAUUACCAGGAAGUCUAGGCUGAUGAAGCGUCGCAGGAGAACCCCGGAUAGCCUUUUUCUCGAUCCUUGGGGAUCCAAAGUUCAUCUGGCGAGAAAUGUAGGCGACGAUUUUACAUUAAAGUGUGGCUUCGAUGAAUCUUCUGGGCGCGAAACUACAUGGACCAAUGAAGACGCUUGUGCGAUGGCGAUGGAGACUGCAGAACCCAAUUCCAGUGUGCAAAUGGUGCAGAGUUCAAAUGAACAUUGUGAUGAAGCAGAGAUCGCGUUUCCCUUAUCCACUGGUGAAGGUGACAAGGGAGAAACCCGAGAAGAAUAUACAAUAAAUGGCGUUGGGGAAUGGCUGGAGGAGGUCGGGUUUGGGAAGUAUGCUGAGUUGUUUGAAAUGCAUGAGGUGGAUGAAGAAACUUUACCUUUACUCACUCUUGAUGACCUCAAAGAAAUGGGAAUUUUUGCUGUUGGGGUUCGGCGCAAGUUGCUCAAUGCAAUCAAAAGGGCAAAGGGAAGGCAAUUCCAGAUAUCUGCUUGAGGAACAGAUCUAACACACCUGAGUGAGGUUUUCUGUUUUGUGGCAGUGCUCUGUAAAGAAAUAAAUACAGAUGGCAACGUUGUAAAUAUUUUGUCGUCUCGAUCAAUGUAAUCUAUGGACCAUGUAUACAAACUUGAAUAAGAUGUUUGUAACUUUGUCUUUGCCUCUUGGUACUUGGUAGGGGUCAAUCUAUAUCUGUCACUCAUUCAGCACUAAAAGGAAGAAAGGUAUCAUCAUAGAUAUGAAAAGGAGAGGAAGAUAAGAAACAAAGGGAUGACAUUUCUAACUUGUGCCUGACUUCUAUUUGUAGAGUCUUAUAGUGGAAUGUCGGAGUUCUAAGUUUCUGCCAGCGGGUCUGUGGCUCCUAGUAAUGAAAAUCAGGAUGCAUAACACGGUAGAACACAACGUUCUGGAAAUGCAUAAAAGCGAAUAAGAACAUGCGAAAUUUUGCUUCUUGAGUUUCUUUUCUGCAAAUCUACAGUUGUGCAUUGGCAUGGCUUCCUUCCUACCUAAUUGCUGGCAACUAUCGCGAUGAUAUUCAGUUCAGGAUACUGAAGCGACUGUACACUAUGCAAGCAAGAAAAGCAGGCUUAUGCUGAGGAGUAAAACGGAAUCCCCCAUAGCCAACAGUGAAUUGAGAGUAAUAAGAGAAGGUGCAGUGCAGACAAGGCAAUCCACUGUUAAAUUCAGAUUUCAGCAUCAGAAAGAAAAUGGAUAUGCAAAACCCUAUACCGAUAGAGGGAUGAAGCAAAGCAAAAGAUGUCUGACUAUCUGCCUGAAGAGCUGUGGGUUCAAGUGUUGGUCCGGUUCCCAGUGAAGUCCCUCCUGCGUUGCACUGCCGUUUGCCGGUCCUGGAAGGCUCUCAUCGAAAGCCCGCAUUUCAUCUCUGCGCAACUGCGUUUUAAGCGCCAGGAUGAAUCGCAAUCGCAGAAUUCUUGCUUUCUGGUACGUGAUUGCAUUCCUUCGAGGAAGGAGAAGUAUGAAUUUUAUCAUGAUGAUUGGCAUUCUUUAGUUAAAUUUGGUGAGAUCGAACCUCCUUUCUCUGUCUUGGACAGGCAUUUAGAAUUUGUUGGUACCUGUAAUGGAUUGUUGUGCCUUUCUGAUGAGGACCGCAGGGGUGAUUGUUGCGUGAUUCUUUGGAACCCCUCUGUGCGAAAAUCUGUGUGCCUUCGCGACGCAAACCUUAGGAGUUCUCGUGGAAAUGUGAAACACUGGUUAGGGUUUGGGUUUGACCCGGUUAGUAAUGACUAUAAGGUGGUGAGAGUUGUGAGUGUGGUGAAUGGAGGCUGUUGUGGUGAGAUUUUUAGGUUAAGCACACACAUGUGGGAGAACAUUAGUGAUAGCACAAUUGCAAAGUACGAUUUUCUAAAACCUGAACAAGCAUAUCUAGACGGGAUGGUGUAUUGGCUUGGAAAGAUUGACACAAAGGGGAGAAAGAUGGUAUCAUUUGACUUGAGCAAGGAGAGGUUCGGGGGAAUGGAGUUGCCAGAGAACUUGGCAUGGAGGGGGAAUUUUGCGGGUAAGGUUUCUGUUGGUAUAUACAUGGGAUCACUCGCUGUUAUUGUGGUUGGGUCGUGGGAGUGUUGUAUAUGGAUAAUGAAAGAGUCAUGGAUGAAGCAAGUAUCUUUUGAGUGCCAUAUGAACUUGGGGUGGCAGUUUGGAUUUAGGGAAAAUGGUGACAUUCAGUUUAUGCAGGCAUUCGGACGCUGGGAUUCUUUUAACCCUACAACCCUAAAAUCCAAAUUUCUUGAAGUGCGCCCUUUCACAAGCUCCUAUCUUUUACGGUCUUCUCUCUAUGGAACUCCUUAUGUGGAAUCCCUUGUUUUUUUGGACAAGGGUCAUGAGUUUAAUGAUUCUGUCACCGCCAGUAGUGUCUCUGUGCAAGAAUUGUUGCUUUUAUUCACUGGUAAGAGUGAGUGAUGCCGAGCACUCAAGGAAGAGUGAUUCUGAGCAAUCAAGUUAAAUUGAAAGAGAAAAUGAUACUGAGCAAUCAAGUGGAAGUGAAAGAGAAAGUGAUACUGAGCAAUCAAGUGGAAGUGAAAGAGAAAGUGAUGCUGAGGAUAAUAUUGAAUGAUAUUCUGCAAGGUUAACUGAUGCCAUGGCAGUGGAUCAUAUAUGUCUAUCCUACAUAUUCAAUUAUUGCACUAGUUGCGAAUGUCUGAUAGUGUGGCUUUCUAAUCUUUUGUACUAAAUCUUCUAGCGUCUUGGAUACUAGAGAAAGAAAUAGGAAGUUUGGUUGGUCUUGAAUUCCAAAACUUUGCACUAGUUGUGAAACAGAUAAGAUAUUACAUGGUCUAUAAUGCUUUGUAGGCCAUGGUCCAUAGUAAAAUUUGUGCCUAUUUUUGGCAAA